GUCUGAUUCAAUCUUGUUUAUAGAUUCUAAAGAUUGCAUAUUGAGAUCCUAAUAAUUAUCUUCAUUAUUCUCUUCUCAUCUUCAUGGACUUCAAGUUUCUGUAAUCUUUCUUUUUUCCCCACUUUCUUCAUACUACUUCAGAAAGCAAACUAACUAGAAACUUCUCCCAUCAUGAUUGCAUAAAAGAAAAAAGAAAAAAAAUAAGAGGGUAAAAUCAAAACAGGGAAGGAUCAAAGAGAAAGAAAAGGAGUUUUGAGUUUCGUGGAACACUCUCUCUCAACGUCAGAAUCACACCGCCUUCCUUGACUCUCCGACAUCAAGCUAACGAUCGUCGGCAGCACUACCUCCGUCGAAGCUCCGAUGAGAUAUCUCUGGUGAGAUUCUGACAGGAGUUACACAGGAAACAUCGGAUGUGUCUGAGCGCCAAGAAAUUAGCCUGGUGGACCCAUCUGUCACAUUUCCGACAUAGAAAUGCAUCAUCGGCCGGACAAUACAAUGAAGCCCUCGAGUUGCAGAGCUCACACCGGACCAGCGACGGUAACAGUGACGAUGAAGUACCCUGUUUCAGACAGGAACUAAUGCCUCUGUUUCCCUCUGGAAAUCCUCUGCACAUUUUUGGAGGUCUAUGGAAAUUGCCGGUUAGAAAGGAUACACAACCAGCUGCAGUUGUUGCAACUAGAAAUUCCCCUGCUUUAAGCAACGUAAUGGUUCUGACCAGGCCAAGGGGAAGUGGGAAGAUCAAUAUCGAGCCCAGCUCGUCUAAACCUAGUGAGGAGCUGAUGAAAAAGAACGCAGACCUUGAAAGACAGCUGCGAGAUGUGCAAAAGUCUAUUGACGAGUUGAAAAGUCCCAGGUCGCACCAACAAACUCUUGAUUUGGAUAGUGCCCCUUUAAACCUGUCCAUUACUGUAGAGCCGUAUCAAGAAGGAUUCAAAAUUCCCCACCUGGAGACAUAUGACGGCUCUGGUGACCCUAAUGAACAUUUGCAUACUUAUCAAGCCAUCAUGAGAAUCCAAAAUGCCAAUGACGCCAUGAUGUGCAAAGUGUUCCCGGCAACACUCAAGUCAACAGCUAGGAGGUGGUAUCACAAACUUCCCAGACAUUCCAUAGAGUCAUAUUCCCAGCUCGCCAAGUUAUUCUCCAACAAAUUCGCAAGCCAAAGGGAGAUUAAACGCACGGCGACCGAGCUGAUGCAAGUUCACCAAAAGGAGGGGGAAUCUUUGAGGGACUACAUGCAGCGAUUUAACAAAGCCACAUUAGAUAUCGAUAACGUCCCUGAUACUAUCUGCUUAUCGGCCCUGCUGCACGGUCUGAAACGUGGCCGGUUCCUAGAUGACUUACUGGAAAAUCCACCAAAGACGUGGAACGAAGUCAAUGACAGGUCAGCUAGCUUCAUACUGUCGGAAGACUUUCAGUCGUUGAAACAACGAGCUGAUGACAAACAGAGCAGAGGCAAUGAACAGGCACCAAAGAGGGAGGAAAAGAAAAAGUCUCAAAUCCUAGCACAAAUCCAGCACUGGGUUAGAAGACCCCCACCCUCGGUGCAUGAUUCCCCGCGAGCAGACAAGAGCAAACAUUGCGACUAUCAUCGUGUAUACGGUCACAACACGGAAGACUGCCAACACUUAAAGGACGAGCUGGAGUUCUUGGCUCGCACUGGGAAAUUAGAGGGAUAUGUUCAGAAGCCUCAUACCCAACAACCGACUCAAACUCACUUCGUGCAGGGGUAUGACCGACCUCAGGGGCAGAGGUACCAGCUCGGCAACACACAAGGCGUGUAUCCAGACAACCAAUAUCUUUUUGAGCAAGGCAGAACGUACAGGGGCCGCCAAUUUAAUAGGCGAGGCCAAGGUCAGGGACUUGUCACCCAAAACCAGAAAGACAGGAAAGGAGUUGGGUGCAGUGCGAUACCCCCGCCGUCUGGCACAAUCAACAUGAUCUCUGGUGGUAUGCACUCAGGGGGCCAAAGUGCCCGGGCACGCAAGGUGUACGCCCGACAGGUGAUGACGGUUAACAAAAGCAGGCCUCUGAAGCGACCAUUCGAGGAGGCGGAGUGGGAGAACACACCCAUUACAUUCAGCCCGACAGAUUACAAGCGAGCAGAUGGAGAGCCCGACGUCAUGAUGCCACAUGCAGAUCCUUUCGUGGCAACGCUAAAUCCCAGCUCGCUGCAAAAGCACGAAGGGCCUAUAUAUGGGUUCGACAAUCAUCCCGUGCCAGUUGAAGGAGUAAUUACCCUUCCCAUCUAUGUGGGCUCGGAACCAAGAUUCAGGAUGGCUUCUGUCACUUUCCUGGUCGUCAAAAUGGAGUCAGCUUUCAACGCUAUACUGGGAAGAGCCACUCUCUACGAGCUGAAGGCAGUCAUAUCACAACCCCAUCUUUGCAUGAAGUUCCCAACCCCUCAGGGGGUAGGAGUGCUCAAAGGAAAUCAAAAGAUGGCCAGAGCAUGUUAUCAAGACACAUUUAAGAAGGUGGAGCUCGCCGUAGCCCCGAGAGGCUCUGAAAAUAACCCGAGGGAGUCGAGCAGAAAGCAGAGCCAGCCAGUCGAAGCCGUUCCUUUAAACCCUGAUGUGCCAGAAAGAACAGUCAAGAUCGGCACCAAGCUCACAGAAGAAGAACGAGCAGAGCUCCUGGAGUUUUUGAGGGUCAAUCAAGAUGUGUUCGUGUGGACUACUGACGAAAUGCCUGGCAUCCCAGCGGAGCUGACAGUCCACAAACUCAGCACGGACCCCACCAGAAGGCCGGUGGUGCAAAAACGUCGCCUUUUUGGCCCGGAGAAACAAGCCGCCAUAGACGAGGAGAUACGGAAGCUGCUACAAGCAGGCUUCAUCAGGAGAGUGGAGUACUCCGAGUGGGUAUCCAACCCCGUGCUCGUCAAAAAGCCAAAUGGCAAGUGGAGGAUGUGUAUUGACUUCACCAACCUCAAUGACGCAUGUCCAAAAGAUCCUCACCCCUUGCCAAAUGUGGAGAAAUUAGUGGAGCAGGCAGCUGGGCAUGAACGGAUGAGUUUUCUCGACGCCAGCUCGGGUUAUCACCAGGUUCAAUUGUUGUUGAACGACCAGGAGAAGACAGCUUUUUACGCUGGUGAUGCAAUCUACUGCUAUGUCAUGAUGCCGUUCGGCCUCAAAAAUGCUGGAGCAACAUACCAGAAGCUGGUGCAAAUCAUCUUUAAGCUCCAGAUCGGCAGAAACAUAGAAGUAUAUGUGGAUGACAUGAUAGUCACCAGUAUACGAGCUGAGGAUCACAUAGGCGACCUGGAUGAAACUUUUCAAAACCUGCGCCGAGCCCAAAUGAAGCUAAACCCUUUGAAAUGCACAUUUGCUGUGGAAUCAGGGAAAUUCCUAGGAUACGUGGUAUCCAAGAAAGGAAUUGAAGUAAAUCCAGAAAAGGUCCAGGCCGUUCAGCAGAUGGAGCCACCCAAGACCGUAAAAGAUGUACAGCGUCUGACAGGUCGGGUAGCUGCGUUGCAUAGGUUUAUAGCCAUAUCGGCAGAAAAGUGCCUUCCAUUCUUCAAAGCUCUGCGGGAGCCUAAGAACUUCCACUGGACUGUCGAAUGCCAACAGGCGUUUGACGAGCUCAAACAGUACUUAGCAUCCGCACCCCUCCUGUCCAAGCCUGUUGAUGGGGAAUGUUUAUAUCUUUAUCUGGGGGUCGCCGAAGAAGCAGUGAGUUCAGUGCUACUGAGGGAAGAGAAUAAGAAUCAGAAGCCUAUCUGCUAUGUGAGCAAGGUGUUACAAGGUGCCGAGCAGAACUACUCGCUAACGGAAAAGGCUGCUUUUGCUUUAGUCUGCACAGCUCGUAAGCUGAGGGCUUAUUUUCAAUCUCAUCAGAUUGUCGUUUAUACUGAUUUCCCGCUAAGGAAAAUAUUGCAGAAGCCAGAACUCUCUGGUCUGCUCAUCGGAUGGAGUGUCGAGCUGAGUGAGUAUGACCUCAAAUUUCACCCGCGCACAACUAUAAAAGGCCAAGCUGUAGCAGACUUCUUGGUUGAAUGUGCCCCGGCGGCUGUGAAAGAAAAGGCACCUGAACACCCAGUUUGGGUUCUAUAUGUAGAUGGAGCAGCUAAUGUCGAAGGAUCAGGUGCCGGAGCGGUGUUAUUGGGUCCUGAUGGCUUUAAGUCCGAACACGCACUGAGGUUUAAGUUUCAAACGACCAACAACGCUGCAGAAUAUGAAGCCCUCAUCUACGGACUGAAGUUGGCGUCCGAGCUGAAAGUACAAAACAUUCAAGUCUUCAGCGACUCUCAGCUCGUUGUUGGCCAGGUGAAUUGUAGAUGUGACAUCAGGGAUCCCCAGCUCGUUCGUUAUGCCUCUGUGGUCAACAGAUUGAAAGCAGCAUUUGUUCUUUUCCAAAUUGAUAAAAUACCAAGAGCGGAUAACCACCGAGCUGACGAGCUAUCAAAGCUGGCUUCCUCGCAAGACCUUAACCCUCAGAGAUCGAUAAUUGUCGAGAUACUCGACGCCCCGAGCUACACUGAUUCCACAGUCGAAUGUCAGCUGCUGAGCACAGACCCUUCUACGCCGAGCUGGACCACCCCGCUCAUAAACUGUCUGCAAAGUGGUGAGCUACCUGAGGACCAGGCCGCUGCAAAAUUGGUUAAACGUAGGGCGGCACAUUUCACUUUGUUAGAUAACCAGCUCUAUAAACGAGCAGCCUCAAUGCCCCUAUUACGCUGCCUUACUCCUUAUGAAGCCGAAUACGCUGUGAGGGAAGUUCACGAAGGAGUAUGUGGCACACAUAUAGGCGGUAGGACAUUAGCUCGGAAACUCCUAAGGCAUGGAUAUUACUGGCCAACCAUGGUUGAGGAUGCGCAGAGCUAUGUCAAAAAGUGCCCGACCUGCAAGUUCAAUGCUGAUGAUAUUCACAUGCCAGAAAGGAAAAUAAAAGAAUUCUUGUUCAAUUCAAUAUUGUGCAGGUUUGGCAUACUUAGGCGAAUUAUUGCCGAUAAUGGGCCACAGUUCCGAGCAGCAGCACUGAGAUCGUUUUGUGACAACUAUGGCAUCGAGCUCACAUUGACAUCAGUGUACACUCCACAGUCUAACGGACAAGCCGAGUCCGCUAAUAAAAUCGUUCUGCGAGGCCUCAAGACUCGUGUUCAAGCCGCGCGAUCUGGUUGGGUAGACGAGCUCAAUAAAGUACUUUGGUCGUGCCGCACUACGCCCAGCUUGGCAACGGGCGAAACCCCAUUCAGCCUGGCGUAUGGAGCUGAAGCGGUUAUCCCUGUUGAGGUCGGUCUACCAUCUGUUAGAUCAGAUCGUCAUGACGACCUCAAUAAUGAGCAACUUUUAAGAGAGAAUCUAGACCUAGUGGAAGAAAUCAGGGAGAGAUCUCGAAUGAGAAACAUGGUGUACCAAAGUCAUGUCGCAAAAUUUUAUAAUAAACGAGUUCGAGCUCGACAGUUUCAGGUCGGCGAUCUUGUGUUGCGUAAGGCUGGCUUAACUAACACGCAUUCACACAGGGGUAAGCUCGCUCCUAAUUGGGAAGGCCCAUACAUGGUCACUCGAGUUAACCGACCUGGAUCUUAUAUAUUAGCAGAUACGAACGGGCGUCAGUUGCCGUUUACAUGGAAUGUUCAGAACCUCAGAAAAUUUUACAGUUAAUUUGUAUUCUUACCGAAUGUCUACAGAACUUGAAUAAUGUAUGAGCAAUGCA